UACUUAUGAUAAGUUAACUGAUUAGGGUUUGCAGUUUGCUCAUUGCUGUUUAGACAUUAGUAUUUAGUCAUUACACAGUGUAAAUUGAGAAUGGUUCGUCGAAGAGGAUCGACUAGCUGAUGGUUUUCUCUUCGCAGUGUUAUUUUAAAAUUACUUUCGCCCUAUAGUUGUAUAAUAUAAUAUUGCAUACAUCUACAACCUACGUCCUAAUUGUAAAUUUUGCUUACAAUCUCGUCAGUCAUAAUAUUAUUACACCACUGAAAGUGUAUGUUAUGAGUAUUAAGUCAUGGUAGAGACAUUAAUUAAAGAUUGGCUAUCUGAAAUCGCCACUUUAGAAAACGAUGAUUGGGCUACAUUCGCUAUAACAACAUCUCAGAAUAAAACCCUUAUCGAAUCAUUGUAUGCUGUGUUUGAUGAUAUUAAAAAAUAUUCAAAAUUAGUCGAUCGUGUAUGUGGUGCUCUAUUUAAUUGCUAUAGAACUGAAGAAACUGACUUACACUUGUUUGUUUUAUUAUUUUUACCACACUUAACAUAUAGUUACCUAAACUCUGUUGCUCAUAUUGACAAACAGAGUUGUCGGAGUAUUGAAGCUUUACUGAUUGGCAUUUACAAUCUUGAAGCUGUCGAUGAAAAUAACACACCAAGAUCAAUAUCAUUCCGACUGCCUUCAUUGGCACAGCCAUCAAUUUACCAUGAGCCGAGUAGUUUAGCUCCAACUUCAUUGACAGAAAUUGCCAUUCGUCGUUUAGAACAAAGAGACACUCAUCCAGUUCGUCGAGGGCCAUUUAAUCAGAUUGAAAGACUUUCAGCGUCUAACAGAAUGGAAGUUCUUAGCAACUUGUACUUCAUUUAUUACAAAAAUAUCAAUCUUCUAUCAGACGUUUAUAAUCCCUUUGAUCGUUUUUAUAGAGUUACAUCAAAAAUGGUUACUCAAGGUUUUCAUCAUAGACGUCCAUCAUCAUCCAGCAAGUCGGAUGUUUCUUCUUCCACAAAACAUUUACCAAGAAUACCAUUAUCUCCUAAGUUUUUAAUUCACCUUCUUUACUGUUUAUACGUUUCAAUAUUCAAUUAUGGAAAAGCAGAAGCUUUGCAAGCACUAGAAGAUAUUUAUCAUCGAGCAUGUUAUAGUUGUUAUUGUGAAGUGAUACUACUGGCAAAUGCAAUAAAAAAUUCAUGCCGUGGAUAUUUUGAAGGUGGAUGUUCACCUAACGUUUCAUCUGUAGGGACACCAGUAAGCAAUAAUUCAUCUAGUACACUAGUUUCAAAAUCUAUGAUUACCAAUGCAUCAUUUAGAACUAAAAAGUUACCAGACGAUAUUCCAAUUCAAAAUAAUCAAGCAAUGUUGGAUGAAAGCUUCGAUGCUGGAACAAAUUUGUCAUCUAUAACCGAAGAAACUGAUAAUAAAGAUGCCAGUGCUGACUUAGCACCAGUAAAACGCAGUUUACCACAAAUUGCUGCGAAUUUUGGCAAGAAAACCGCUGAAAAAAUAGCUACUGCAGUGAAAAGCUCAGCAAACACAAAAGUUUCAAAACUAAGCAAUCAAAAUGGAUCAGAUAUUUAUGAAACUGAUGAAAGUGGUAUUGAUUUGGCCGGGUCUGACAUAUCGGACACUAAAACUGGAGUUAGUCAUGAAGAGAGAACUACAAUGACCCCUUUAUUAAAUAGAAGAAACCCCAGCAUUGACAUGGAGUCUGCUAGAUCUAUUCAGAUGGGUGUUAACGCUAAGUGUUAUAAAGAAAGAUUUUAUUAGCUAAUUUUCCUCAUUCUUCACUACUCAUAUUCAUUCAUGAUGGAGAGUACCACAUUUUAAAAUUGGAAUCUAUUUAUCAUAAUAUUUCAAGGCUUAUGGAAUACUUAUUUAUGGGAAUCUUGUUUGUGGGGUUAUGCCUAGAAUGUAUCAACUUUUUUUAGAUCUAGAAUUGAAUUGUGAUAACUGUUUGAGUAUUGUGUUAUUUAAAUUUUAUCUUAAUAUUGUACUUAAUUAAUUAUAUUCUUCUUAUUAAAACUGGUUAUUGUGUUU